GGCCUAUUAUAUCUCUAGGGGCCCGGACGCCUAGAACAGUCAAUUUCAUUCAGUCCAAUUCUGCUGGUUGGUAGAACAAGUACCAACUUCCUGGUCUCUAGUUUGUUAAGAUUGAGCAAAGAUAGCUUAGGAUGUCGCACCUUAGAGGAUUGGGGCGCCUGUUGAUCGCCGUGACAUUCUUCACAGCCGGCUUUAUCAUCAACAUUGGCCAGCUUUUGCUGAUCAUACUUGUAAGACCCUUUGACAAGCGCCUUUCCCGGAGUCUUGCUUACUACCUACACUACUCUUUCUACUGCAUCUUGGUCUGUGUGGCUGAGUGGUAUGCAGGCAGCAAACUUAGGGUCUAUAUCGAUCCAGAGGACGAAGAAAAAUUCUUUGGCAAGGAACACGGACUGCUACUCAUGAAUCACACGUACGAGAUUGACUGGCUGACCGCUUGGAUGAUUACCGACAAGCUGGGAAUUCUGGGAGGAACCAAGGCCUAUGCCAAGAAGAUGCUCCGCUACGUUCCAGUCUUGGGAUGGGUAUGGUGGAUGGCCGAGUUCAUCUUCCUGGACCGCAACUUCGAGAAGGACAAGGUGGUGAUCAAGACGCAGCUAAAGGAGGUCUUUUCCUAUCCGGAUCCGGUGUGGCUACUGCUCAAUGCUGAGGGCACCCGCUUUACUGCUGCCAAGCACGAGUUGUCCGUGAAAUUCGCCCAGGAACGAGGUCUCCCCUUGCUUAAGCAUCACUUGGUUCCGCGCACAAAGGGAUUCACCACCAGUCUGCCCACCAUGCGAGGCAUCUGCCCUGCCAUCUAUGACAUUAAUCUGGCUUUUAAGCGAAAUGCUGAGCCAAGACCCACCAUGCUAUCCCAGUUAAAUGGCGAGCCCGUAGAGCCGUACAUGUACAUUCGUCGAGUGCCACUGGAUAAGGUGCCGGAUGGUGAGAAGGAAGCCGCCGCCUGGAUGCAGGACUUUUAUGUAGAGAAGGACAAGAUCAUCGACAGCUUCCAUGAAACCGGUAGCUUCUUCAAAACUUCUGGAAUAAAGGAGGUUCCUGAGAAGAUCUUCAAGCCGCGCCUAUGCACCUUGCUUAACUUUUUGGGCUGGGCCUCUUUUUCUGUCCUCUGCAUUUUGAACUAUUUGGUCAGCUCCCUUGUUGCGGGCAACUGGAUUGGCUUUAUCACUGUUUUAUCCGUCUUGGGAGGAUUUUAUGCCCUCAUGGAAUACGCUGUUAAUGCCUCGAAGAUUAGCAAGGCCUCCGCUUAUGGGGCUGCUGCUAAGAAAUAGACUUUUCUCCCAGAGUUUUGUAAACUCGGCGACAUUUUAUAAUGAGAUGGAUUACAUCUAAUUAGUACUCGACUGCAAAACCUUAGAAAUAAUGUACAUAAAGUCAAAUGUACAAAGACAAAAAUAAAAGUGUUUAAAUGAA